AUGAAAGAUAUUGAAGUUCAUUAUUCAGACUUGGAACCAAUCAUUUGUUCACAUAACAAUAAUUUCCUUAAAUAUGUCAUUGACAAAGGAAUAUUUAAUCUUGGUAAUUAUAGUUACAUUGAAUUAGGAAUACUCAAGUCGCAGAACUUGAAAGCUGCUCUUAUGAUGUUUGAUGAUGACACUGAUUCAGUUAUGCCAUGGUGCGUUGCUUUUCCCCAGUUUAAUGACAUUAUAAAUAAUGAUAACUUUAAUUUCUUCAAAAAGACCAAAGAUAAUAGAACUGUCCUUCAUUUUGCAGCUUCAUAUAAUAAUAUUAAUAUCUGCAAUUAUUUAUCAACUUCAACAACAAUAAACCAAAUUGAUGUUAAUGCAACCGAUACUGAUUUUGAAAAUACUGCACUUCAUUAUGCAGGAGAAAAUAAUUCAAAAGAAAUUGCAGAGUUUCUUAUUGCGCAUGGAGCUAAUCUCAACUUAAAAAAUAAUCAAGGAAAAACAGCUCUUCUUAUUGCAUUGGAAAGGAAUAAUAAAGAGACAGCAGUAGCUCUUAUUCAGGGCGGCGCAAAUGUCAAAAAGAAAUGUAAAAAUGGGACGUCUGCACUCCAUUUCGCUGUAAUAAACAAUUGGAAAGAUAUAGCAGAACUUCUUAUUUCGCAUGGAGCUGAUAUCAAUGCAAUUGCUCGAAAUAUGGAUUCAGUUCUUUGUACUGCUGCAAGAUAUAACAGGAGAGAAAUAACUGAACUCCUUAUUUCUCAUGGUGUAAGUAUUUUAAGUCCACUUAAUCAAACGGUUCUCCAUGUCGCAGCUCAAUGCAAUAGUAAAGAUAUCAUAGAACUUCUUAUUGCUAAUGGUGUUAAUAUCAAUACAAAAGACAAAAAUGGAGAAUCUGCCCUCCAUUAUGCAACCAAAUAUGGUAAUAAGGAUGCAACAGAACAACUUAUGGUAUUGUCCGCUGAUAUUAAUGCGAAAAACAAUCAAGGAAAAAUUGCACUUCACUAUGCAGUGGAGAACAAUAAUAAAGAUAUUGUAGAGUUUCUUGUGAUGCAUGACGCAGAUGUCAAUGCAAAAGCUAGAAAUUUAGAGACAGCUCUUCAUAUGACAGCAAGAUUUAAUAAUAAACAAAUAGCUGAACUUCUUAUUUCACACGGUGCUGAUAUCAAUGCAAGAGCAAAAAUGGAGAAACGGCUCUUCAUAUUGCCGCAAGAUUAA